ACGGUUAAAAUUGAUGUCAAAAUGAACCUUUCCCCAAGGAGUCGCAGGUUCUGAAGGAAAGGGGUUGAUCUGAUUUAUCCUGAUAAAAAUAAAUCACUGGAAUUUUUCUUUUCCUUUCUCUAAGAUCAGUGAUAAGAACAACUGAGCCACCACCAAAGGCUGCCAUGGCUGGUAGACUCUCCAGAAGAGAAAUUGAAGAACUGAAAGCCAUUUUUGAGAGAGGAAACCUCACGGCAGCAGCUGCUGAACUUCAGAAGAAGCUGGAGUCAUUAGAAAACACCCCACUGGACAUCGCCAUCACGGGAGAGUCAGGUACAGGGAAAUCAUCCUUCAUCAACGCCAUCCUGGGCCUGCAUGAUGACCAUGAAGGAGCUGCUAAGACUGGGGUGACACAAACAACAAUGGAGCCAAAGGCUUAUCCACACCCCAGACUCCCAAAUGUAAAACUAUGGGACCUGCCAGGAAUUGGGACACCGAGCUUUCAGGCAGACAAAUACCUUAAUCAGGUAAAAUUCAACAAUUACGACUUCUUCAUCAUCGUCAGUGCUACGCGCUUCACUUCCCACCACACCAACCUGGCCCGCGAGAUUCACAAGAUGGGGAAGAGGUUUUACUACGUGCGCUCCAAAGUGGAUCAUGACUUGAAUGCUGAAAAAAGGAAAAAGAAUUUCAAUGAGGCGAGAACCCUGCAGGAGAUCAAGGAGGACUGCAUAAAGAACCUGAGAAAAGCAGGUGAGGCCUCCCCGCGGGUUUUCCUGCUCUCCAGCUGGGAAUUGGCCAACUAUGAUUUCCAGCUCCUGCAGGAGACCCUGCAGAAUGAGCUGGAUGAUCAGAAGAGACACGUUUUCAUCCUGGCCGUGCCCAACAUCUCAGCAAAGAUCCUGGAGAAGAAAAAGACUGAACUGCAGGAGCAUAUUUGGGAAGUGGCCCUAUUGUCAUGUGCUAUUGGUGCUCUUCCUGUUCCAGGCCUCUCUCUCAUCUGUGAUGUAGCCAUCUUGGUGAUUCACAUGAAGUGUUACUGUGAGGCCUUUGGCUUGGAUGAUGAGUCUCUCAGUAGACUGGCUCAGCAGGUUGGCAAGCCUGUUGCAGAGCUGAAAUCUGCUAUCAAAAAGUCUCCACUGGCCUCAGCCAUAACAAAAGAGUUUGUACUGACUGUACUUUCCAGAUCUGCAUGUGGAGCACUGAUGAUGGUGGAACUUAUUCUGGAUUUUGUACCAGGCCUUGGGUCCCUGGCAGGGGGAGGGAUUUCUUUCGUGACCACACGCUACCUGCUGCAGAGAUUUCUGCAUGAGGCUGCAGAAGAUGCUCAGAAAGUUCUGACCAAGGCUCUUGAACCCAAAGCUGAAGAGUCCAUAUAACAGCACCAAGACCGCCUAUGCAUGCCCACAGAAAACCAGACACACCUGGGCCGGCCAUGUCAGAAUCUCUAGACGUGGGUGAGCCCAGCAACAACAAAACGACACCCUAAACCGACAAACAGCAGAGAGACCGACCAGAUCAGAUCAGACCGGAUUCUGGUGAAUCAAAAGCUUGUCCCUUCCACCAACACUAUAUGUCAGGUUAGAUGGUUUCUUUUCAGGCAAAACUAACUGGGAUGGAGCUGGUCUCUAAACUAGGAGAAAUGUUCUGAGAAGGAGACGAUGCCCCAGUAUCUCUGCUCGGCUCACUCACCCUGGCCUCAUGUGAAACAGAGUCUGUAAGUAACCCCUGUGAAGUCUGGUACAACUGCGUCUUCAGGGCUAGAUCCAUGAAAAGGAGUUAGGUGCCAUUUUAACCCCCCAAGUCCAGCAUGGGGCACCCUGGGCAUUCAGAACACCACCGCUCAGCUGCCACCUGACCCUGUAGGUGCCUAAAGUCCCUCGACAGCUACAUUUCCACCAUUAUAGCCCCCAGGUGCCUACGUUUCUGCCAGUGAGCAGGCACACAGCCGCAUCACACCUGGGAACCUGCCUCACACCGACACCCCAGAAGGUUCCAUUCCCUCAUGUCUGGCCUGCAGGGCCUGAUCCAGGAGUGUUCUCAGGACACACCUAACCCCACACAAAAUGGAUGGAGGGGGAGGUGGCUCUCAGGGAUCAGGACCUGCAGCAGAGCAAGUCUCUGGGUAAGCUAAUGAGCACAGUCAGCCUGUAGCAGGCUGCCUAAUUGGCUCCACGGCUGAUUGGCUGGAAGAGUCGACAGAGCAGCUCUCGAGUCCAGCAACAGCAGCAGAUCAGCAGCUGCUCAGAGCGUUCACCCGCGGCUGAGAUGGCUCCUGCUCAUUCCAAGCCUUGCUCCUGCCUUGGACCCAGCCUUGCCUCACGCCAGGUAACCUGGUUCUGACCCUCGGCUGCAAUUCCUGCCUUGGACCCAGCCUCGCCUCACGCCAGGUAACCUGGUUCUGACCCUCGGCUCCAAUUCCUGCCUUGGACCCAGCCUUGCCUCACGCCAGGUAACCUGGUUCUGACCCUCGGCUCCAAUUCCUGACUCCGGCUGUGACGCUGGGCUCUGGCAUCUGGCCUCUGACUCCUGCUCUGAGCCUGGACUCUGAUUCCUGGCUACUGAUGCCUGCUCCAACCACUGGGCCUGAUCCUGCUCUAACUGCUAGGCACGGCCACCCAUGUCCCAGUCACUGACAGUGGUGGUGUCUCUCUAACAGUUUAGUGCUUCAAGCACUCUCCUGGGGUGGGAAAAUCCAAGUUGAAAUCCUCUCUCCACAUGGGGGGAACUGACGGUGUAUUUGACGGAUUAAAAUACUUUGAUGAAAUGACGUUAAAUUGAGAAGGAAAGUCAGCUAGAAGUUGGUAAUGCUUUGGGCAAGACACUGUGAACAUUAUGCCAGGGUUUGCCGAGGGGUGAUCCUGUUAGGAAAAUAAAGGGGUUGCAUUCGUAUUGAUUUUUUUAAUUAGUGAUAAAAUUAAGAAGUAAGGAUAAUAUUUGCCAUCAAGCGCGCUCAUGUUACCACAAAUACGUGAAAUACACCUGGGCUGGCAAGGCAGGAAAUAAAAGGG